CGCCACCGCCGCCACCAGCACCAUGAGCGCCCCGGACACCGCCACCCUGAGCGCCCCGGACACCGCCACCGCCACCCUGAGCGCCCCCGACACCGCCCGCGCCGGCCCCAGCCUCGCCCCGCUGCUGCACACCCUGCAGGACCCCGCCGCCCCGCCGGGAGAGCUCACGGACGCGCACCUCACCAUCGUCAGUCGCCUGAGUGGUGAAGGAGGCAAAGCAUUCAGUGCAGAUGUCAGAAAACACUUUCCUCAACUCUGCAAGGUGUUUAAGGCACACAUUUCCAGCCCAAACUUGGAGCUCAGUAAUGCAGCAUUGCAGGCCUUGGGAUUCUGCACUUUUAAUUCAGCUAAUACAGCUGAGUUAUCUGCCGCUGAAAUGCAGGACUUGCUGUCGGCGGUGAACGGCGUGGCUGUGACAUCUUCGGACAAAAACACUCGCACUCGGGCACUUUGGGUCAUCUCUAAGCAGGCCUUUCCUCCUGAAAUUGUCCAAAAGGAGGUGUCCAGUAUUCUGUCUACCCUGGAGACAAUCCUUACCAAAGGGGAUGUGCAGUCUGUUGUGGUUGAAUAUGAAGCACUUAAUGUCAUCAUACGCCUGAUGGAGCAAAGCCCAGCCCAGAUGGCAGAGGAGGCUGUGAGGUGGGCAAAGCUCAUCAUCCCUCUGGUUGUCCACUCGGCUCACAAGGUGCAGCUGCGAGGGGCCACUGCCCUGGAGAUGGGAAUGCCACUGCUCCUGCAGAAACAGCAGGAGGUGGCAGCUGUCACCGAGCACCUCAUGACCACAAAGUUGAUUUCUGAGCUGCAGAAAUUGUUCUCCACCAAAAACGAGACCUUCGUGCUGAAGUUGUGGCCGCUGUUCGUCAAACUGCUUGGAAAGACUCUUCAUCGUAGCGGGAGUUUCAUCAACUCCCUGCUGCAGCUGGAGGAACUUGGCUUUCGGAGUGGCUCCCCAGUGGUGAAGAAGAUCGCCUUCAUUGCAUGGAAGAGUCUCAUAGAUAAUUUUGCUCUAAACCCAGAUAUCCUGUGCAGUGCUAAGAGGCUGAAGCUGCUGAUGCAGCCCCUGAGCUCCAUCCACGUGAGAACAGAGGCUCUGGCACUCACCAAGCUGGAGGUCUGGUGGUAUUUACUGGUGAGGCUGGGAACUCACCUGCCCUCAAACUUUGAACAGGUCUGUGUCCCGUUAAUCCAGAGUACUCUGAGUGUGGAUCCUGCUGCUGCAUUCCCAGGAACCCCCUCCCGCCUCCCGGCCAACCAGAGCUUGGGCUCAGCCACCCCUGGGCAGAAAGCAGGUCCUUACCCGUUUGUGAGUCCAGCCACGCCCAGGAUAAACCUGAAUUCCAGCUCCUCAGGGAUGGUGGUGUUUCCUUCCAUCCAGCUCCUGGGCAUUGAAAUGCUGCUGCACUUCUUGAUGGGACCAGCAGUUUUAGACUUUGCCAAGCAGAACAAACUCGUGCUCAGUUUAGAGCCUCUGCAGUCCCCCCUGCUCAGCAGCCCUUCUUUUUUUUGUAAGCAUGCCAGCACUCUCAUCAGUGCAGUGCAGGAUGGCUUCAUUGCAGUUGGAAAAGAAGUUCCUGAUUGUAUGCUGAAUGUUAUAUGGAAGGACAUAAAUGGAUAUGUAAAAACAGCAAUUGAAUCAGGAAAUAAGAAAGAGAAGCAAGGGUCAGAAAUCCUGACUAUGCUGCUCCAGGCCUUAAAAAACACUGUGAGGUCGAGCUCCCUUCCUGUGCAGAAAAUCCUGUCCCUCAUUGACAUUACUGUCAAGGAGUUGCCUCCAAAAGUGUUGGGAUCACCAGCCUACCAGGUGGCUGAUAUGGAUCUUUUAAAUGGAACACCAGCUUUGUUCCUAAUCCAGCUGCUUUUCCAUAACAACCUCCUGGAAUGCUGUGUAACAGAUGAGAGAUUCUUUGUGAUUCUGGAAACACUUGUGGGUUGUGCCCUGUCUGGCCCCACGUCUCCCCUGGCUUUCAGUGAGUCUGUGAUCUGUGUCAUCAACCAGAGCUCCAAGCAGGUGGCAAACAAGGAGCAUCUCUGGAGGAUGUGGAGCAUUGUUGUAAAUCCACUGACAGAAUGGAUUAAUCAGACCAAUGAAGUGAAUCAGGGGGAUGCCCUGGAACACAACUUCAGUGCUGUGUACAGUGCAUUGCUGCUGCCAGUGUCACACAUCUUCCCCACCCAGGGCUUUCCCCAGCCCAGCAUGAGGUCGCUGCUGCGCUCGUGGGCCGAGCUGUACCGCGCCUUCGCCCGCUGUGCCGCCCUGGUGGCCACGGCCGAGGACAACGUGUGCUGUGAGGAGCUGGCUGCCAAAGUGCUGGCUGGGCUCCAAGGUGAAGCUCCAGGAAUGUUUUCCAUGAUGGAAGGGCUCACCCACGUUGUGUCAGUCAUGGUUGAGUGCAUCAACUUUGCUCCAUAUGGUACCAAAUACCAGCCAAAAACCAGAUCUCCACAGACACCUUCAGAUUGGUCCAAGAAGAAGAAGGAGGAGCCCCUGGGCAAACUUUCCUCCCUGUUCAAGCUGCUGGUGACGUUGCUGGACUCGUUCCACGUGCUCAGCCCCCAGGAGAGCUGCUGGGAGACGCUGCUCUCCGUGGGGCCCUCGCUUCUGGCUGCUCUGCACACCAUCAUCAGCCACAUCUCCCUGCCCUCACUCCUGGCCACCACCCUGGCCACCUUUGCCAACCCCCUGGCGGGGUUUUACGAACAAACCAGGCUCCCUGAGGUACCCAAAGUCUACAGCAACCUCAACAACAAGCUUGAGAAGCUGCUGGCAGAGAUCCUGCAGUGUCUGCAGUCCCACUGCACGGGCUCCUACGACAGUGAGAUGCUGGAGCAGCUCUGCCCUCUGCUCUGUGCAGGGUUCCAGCACAGGAGCAAACAGCUCAGGAACCAGUGUGCCCAGUUCUGGAACUGCACCUUUGCCAAGGCUGCCUCCCUCACGUACCCUGAGCAGUUAAAAUCCGUGCUAAGCCAAGCCAAAAAGAAAGUUCCUCUCCUGCUGCCUGGCUUUGAGAGCAUUGAGAUGGGUGAAGAAUGCAGUGGGCCCUUCUCUGACACGGUAAAUGCCUUGAUGGAGAAUUCCCAGCUGGAUGCAAAGAUCAGUGGAAUGGAAGUGAAGCUGGCUCAGAAACGAGGUUCCAUGCUGGCACACGUGAGUGACCAGAAAACUGAGGGAAAAGACAAGUCCAACAACGUGCAAGUAACACCUGCAAAGUUAAAACUGGAAUUUUCAUCUUCGAAGACUCCAAGUGAGGUGCUUCUGGAAGAGGAGAAAUCGGCUGAUUUUGUCUUUAUUCCUCCAGAAACAAAAGCAAGAGUAUUGACAGAACAUCAGAAGGAAGUGCUGAGGUCAAAGAGGGUUGAUAUUCCUGCCAUGUACAACAAUUUGGAUGCAUCACAGGACACCACCUUAUUUUCUCAGUAUACUCAAAGCCAGGAGGACUCUUUGGAAGUAUCACCUUUAAUAGAAAAUGCCAAAGAAGAUGCUGAAAGCAAACCUCAGGAAGAAAAUGCGAGGAGUGAGGGGUGUCCCUCAGGGGAGAGCUCAGCUCCCACCAGCGAGGGGGAGUCCCAGAACAGCACAGCCCAGGUGACUGCAGAGGAGCCAUCAGCUGGAGAGCAGUUAGAGACAAGCUCUGUGGAAGCAGCUUCCAAGGAGAGCUCGACAGGGAACGAAAACACUUCCAACGUCAGCAACAGCUCAGCUUCCAGUGACGUCAUUUCUGGCACCCCCCAGCCCGUGAGCCGCCGGCAAUCCUUCAUCACCCUGGAGAAGUUCAGCGGGGCAGAGAGCAGGCCCUUCAGCCCCUCAGCCCUCCCCCCCUUCUCAGAGCCGGCUGGGGGUGCUGCCCUGGCGGGCAAGCAGGAGCAGGGCGGUGCCAAAGCAGAGAAACCUGCAGAGGAAAACAAGAAGCCUUCGAAGCCGGAGCCCGAGCCCGUGCUCGCCGCCAUCCGCAGGCUCACGCGCCGCCAGAGCAAGAUGGAGCUCCAGGGCAACAAAUCCAAGGUGCUGAACAGGUCAGAACAGGAGUCUCUGGCCUCUGACAGCAUGGAAAGCACUCCUGAGCUGUGCUCCACCGUGGAGGACGUGGAGCACAUCCUGCUGUCCCAGUCACAGGCGCUGCACUCCACGGACGCCGACAUCAGGAAGGUCGAGGACACCAUCGCGGAGAUAGAGAGGGCCCGGGCCUUGGACAUGGAUUCCAAGGAGAACACCCCCCCAGACACCACCAUCUCCCCUGACCAGGCCACGGGUGAGGACACCCAGGUGCCACAAGUGUCCCCUCAGCAGAAGGUGCUGCGGCGCUCCCUGAGGCGCCGCUCGGAGACCGCGGAGAGCUCCUCGGGGAGCCAGGACAAGGAGGACGGGAUCCAAAGGAGGGACAGGCGGAAAGAGGACGACAAAGCUGGGCAGAAGAAGGGGGCCCAGCCUAAGGAUGAUGGAUCCCAAAAGCAGAAGGGAGUUUCUGGGAGAACAGCAGAAAACACGAGUGCAAAAGAGAGCAGGCAAGCUGGGAGAGCUGCAGAGGAGCGGAGCUCCAAGGGCUCUCCUGCUUCCAGGGGCCUCGAUGGGGAAGGGAGCAGGAGUGGCAGGAGGGCAGAAGAGCCCCUGAAGGCUGAGGGGGAGGGUCAGGACAGCAGCCUGAAGGUGGUGGAGCGCCCACGGUACCACACCAGGAGAUGUGCCCAGGGAUUGCUCUCCAGCAUAGAGAACUCGGAGGCUGAGGGCUCUGCCAAGGAGGAAAGCACAAGGAAGAAAAAACACGGGAAAGUGAAAACCAGAAGUGACUCUCUGGAAGGUAAAUUGAAAGAUGGGCAGCCAGGAAGCCAUAGCCAGGAGGUGUCUUCCCAGGGAAAUGAAACUAAGAGCCCACUGGAAGCAAAUAAAGGGGAAGCUGAAGUCAGCACAGCUGAACCGUGUGGCCUUGAAAACCAGGGAAUUCCUCCCACUGCUGGUGAAGUUGUGGGAUCUGCCAGCCCUGGGAAUCCACCUGCUGCUCAGAGCAUCAGUGAGGAGCAAAAGCAGAGCGACACAGUGAUGGAGUCACUGCCCAGCCCCUCUGUGCCUGAGCAGGACGGGACAGCAGCUCAGGAGAGCCAGGAGGAGGAGAAGCAGGCGAGCCCAGGGGGCUGUGCUCCAGCAGCAGAUGCUUCCUCUCUGCAAACACCCCAGUGUCACAGCAAGAGGAGCAAGAGGGCCAAAAAAAGCAAGAACUGUGAUUGCUGCUUUAAAAAGCCAAAGCAACAAAUCACAUCACUGACUGAAUCCAGGAAGAGGAAAACUCCAGAGCUGGACGAGCCCCAGAGCCCCCCGGCUCAGACACCUGCAGGGGACUCAAAGCUGUGUGAGCACUCGGAUUUGGAGGAAAGCUUCUCCCUGGCCCCCUGUGCCAUGAGCACUCCAGUGCAUCCCCCAGAGGAGCCCUUGGGAAGCCAGGGAAUGUCUGUGGAUGAGCUGCAAGGAAGCAGUGUCGGGAUGGAGGUGGAGCCAGGGAGUGCAGAGUGCUCAGCAGGGCAAACCGGUGACUUCAUAGAGGAGAUAAAGGGACCUGCUCAUCAGAAGGAGCCAACGGAGCAGGUUCUGCCAGAGGGGGUUCCAGGGGAGCCUGGGGAGAGCUGCCUGGCCAUGGAGAGCCAAGGGGAGGGAGCAGCAGCUCCAGAAAAGGAUGGACCAGCAACCCCAGAGAAAGAAAGAACAGUGGCUCCAGAAAGGGAGGGACCAGCAGCUCCAGAGGAGGAGGAAACAGCAGCUCCAGAAAAGGAAUUAUCAAAGGCUCCAGAGGAGGAGGAGCCAGCAGUUCCAGAGAAAGAAAUAACAGUGGUUCCAGAGAAGGAGGGACCAUUGGCUCCAGAAAGGGAGGGGCCAGCAGCUCCUGAGAAGGAGGAGCCAGGAGCUCCAGAAAAGGGUGGUCCAUCCACUCCAGAAAAGGAAAUCAUUGUGGCUGCAGAGCAGGAGGAACCAGCAGCUCCAGAAAAGGAUGUACCAGCAGCCCCAGAGCAGGAGCAACCAGCAGCUCCAGUGAAGAAGGAAACAGCAGCUCCAGAGCAGGAAGAAAUAAGUCAGAAUGGACAGCUGGAGGAGGUGCCUGAGGAACUGCCUGUUGAUAGCAAACCUGAGGAGAAGGAGAUCAGCAAUCUAAAGGGCAAUCAGGAUGAUGAAGGAGAAGCUGAGGAUACCACAGGAGAAACUUGUGUUAUUCCAGAGAAAGAGAUGAAGGAGGAGUUAUUGGAAACUGAUAUAACAAUGCCUGAAAACGUGGCCGUGGAAGAUCCCCGUGCGGAGUCGCCUCUGAAGGCAGGUGGUGAUUCUCUGGUGCUGGUGAAUGAGAGCCCCACCAGCAUCCAGGCCCGCUGCACGUGGUCUCCCUCAGCUUCCCCUUCCACCAGCAUUCUGAAGAGAGGGGCCAAAAGAAGCCACCAGGACGAUGACUCCCUGUCACCUGCUCACAAGAUCCGUCGGGUGUCCUUUGCAGAUCCCAUUCACCAGGCGGGGCUGGCGGACGACAUCGACAGGAGGAGUCCCGUGGUCAGAUCCCACUCCUCCCCCUCUUCCAGGAGCCUGAAAAUCCUCUCCAACAUUCAGACCAAGCACAUUACCACUCCAACCAAAGGAUUUCUGUCCCCAGGAUCCCGUACCCUUAAAUUUAAGAGCUCAAAGAAGUGUUUAGUAAGAAGUGCUUUGCUUCAUGUUUCCCUUCUUUUUUUUUUUUUUUGUUUUCCCUGUAUUCAGUCAUGUGACAGUGAAUUUAACACCUUCCCUGGGUUAUUCCAGAUCACAGAAAUGGCCAAGGAGCCUCUGCCAUGCCCUGUGGAACACGUGUACCCAGCCCUGGCUGGCUGCAAAGCUCCCGUUGAUGUCAUCUUACCCCAGCUCACAUCAAACAUCUGUGCCAGAGGUUUGGGGCAGCUCAUCCGAGCCAAGAACAUCAAGACCGUGGGGGACCUGAGCUGUCUGACAGCCCUGGAGAUCAAAACCCUUCCCAUCCGCUCUCCCAAAGUCUCCAACCUCAAAAGAGCCCUCAAGGGAUAUCAUGAGCAACAGGUGAAGUCUCGAGUGUUGGAGGAAAUGGUGGUGCUUGAAGAUGCUGAGAAGCCUGUAAAUGAUGUGGAGGAUAAACCACUCUGUGCAGAUGAAGAAAAGCUUGGAACAGAGCCGACCGAGCCGGCCGUGCCCGCUGCGAGCGAGCAGCCCCCGGCAGAUCUCCUGAGCCAGAUCCAGGCCCUCUCUGCCCAGCUCAGCUCCCAGGAUCUCCACAGCUACUCUGGGAGCCAGCUCUUCGAGAUGCAGGAGAAACUUGCUGGCAUGUCCACCUGCAUCCUGAGAAACCUGCAGUCCCGCUGGAAAUCACCACCCCCCGACAGCUCCCAGUAGCUGCUUCCCGGGGCUCAGGAAAGGAGGAUUUUGUUACAACAGGUUUUUUUCCCCACACACACACACCUUGUUUUUCUUUCUGGUGAAUUACUCCUUAAAUUGUGCAUUUUGAACAGAAGGUGUUUUUUAACACUUACAUGAAUUUGUUGUCAUGGGGUUGGUUUUUAUUCCCUUAUUCUUUUUUGUUGUUGGUGGUUUUUAUCCCCCCUAAUUUGUGGGCCUGUUUCCUCCCUGUCAGAGGCAUUUGUCUGGUGUUGCUAUGCAUAUUUCUUUCAGGCAGUGGAAGAAAACUUGACAAGAGUUGUGCAAUAGCAAAGAGACUGUGAAACCAAACCAACAGAGUAGUUAAAUUAUUUUUGUCAAACCCGAAGUGUUCUUAGCGCUGCAAACUCUUCCCGUGGGGUCAGAGCUCCAUCUCCCAGCUCUGCUCCUCUGCUGCCCCGGGGGGUUCCUCUGAGCUGCUCACACUCUGCCUGGGAGGUAAGCUGGGUGUAAUUCCUUACAGCAGGAACCUGGGAUUUGUACUGGAUCUAUUUUUCCAUGUAUUUUUGUAAAGACUCCCACUGAGAAGUGACAAAAGGGGCGUGUCCGGACUCUGCAGAGCCUCCCAGGCUUUGGCCGUGUCCUGGGGUGGCAGCAGUUUCUCCUGCUGGAGAGGACUUUUUCCUUGGGGGAAAUGAAUGAAUUUGGCAAGAAGCUUCUUGUAUAUUGUGUACAGACUGACAGCAGAUGUUUGGUUACUAAUUUAUGAUGAGGGUUUUAAUUGUAUGGAAUUGCUGCUUCUGGGAGACCUUCAGCGAGAAUUCCCUCGGGAAUGCUGAUCUGUAUAUAUUGGACUGUGGCUAUCACAGGGGCUGUUCAUUGGAAGGAACUGCUGCAGGUGGUUUUAGGACUUACACGUGGGCAAAUAAAAGAGAAAAUAGUUCCCAGA